AGCGCGGAAACAAGUGUAAAAUGUUUUAUUUUCCCGAAAACGUUUCAACUCUAAAAUGGUUACAGCAGGCGCAUCCUAUCUUGGCACAGGCCCAACGACACGGCUUUACCGAGUCAAAGAAAACCCUUGUACUUUCGUAACAUCGACAAAGAAUCACCGCGGGCGUUGAGUGCGAUACAUGACGAUGUUUUUCUGUCAAGAGAAUCACUCGAAUUCUGUGAGCAAAAAGUGCGGUUUCGCGUCGAAUUUAGCGCCGCCCUGGCGAGCGCGCGCGCGCGCGAUAAUUUCGCUAGUUUACGAGCGAGUACGGAUUUGUAGCGCAAGACAAUUAUUUUACCUUGAAAUUAAGCGACCGGCUCGUACUUGAUCUUGAAAUUGGCCGAAAACAAACUCGCGGACCCGCUCGGGCGUACGGAAAAUUUAUGUUCGCGAAUUUGUCUGUAUUUGUCGGGUGGAAUUAAUCCGGCGUUACGGCGAACGCAUAAUUGGAUUUCUCUCGAGAUCAGAACUCGCGCUAGUUAAUUGAAGCACUUAUUGCGAGAAGAACGUGAAUCAAUCUUUUUCAAGAAUCAAUUAAAAAGUUCCGUUAAUUUCUUCUGACAAUAACAAGUGUAUGAUAUAUUUGGGGCUGUAUAUAAUGUCCGCAUUGUAUUUUCUAUAUAAUAAUUUUUACGAGAGAGGAAGAAUUUAAUAGUUAACAACAGAGAAUCAGUUCUUAACGCUAAGAGACUCUGCUUUGCAUACGAAUACAAAUGCUCCCCCUUGCAAUGGCAGAUCUAAUUAGAUUUCCGGUCGAGACGCAGCAUCACCGAGGAGUCGCGAGCGAGUAUUUUCGUGCGCUUUCUCCGAAAUUUUCCGAGACACGUCACUGUCCGUUCUUUCUUCACUUCAUGAAAGACGAUACUUCCGAAUCAAAUAAUAACAGCGUCUGAUUUGCGAUAAGACAAAUCAUUCCCGCGCUCCCUUUUUUUGACAGUAACUCGAAUAAAAAAGGAAACAAAAGAACAUUGAGGAAUUUAUGAUGACUUUAUUGCGGCACGUAACGUAAAACGAGAGGCGAAACACAUGCAACACUUCGUAAGCGAGGCGUGUCAUAAAGAUUUUUCGCUCUUUCGCGCGGGGACGCUCGCCGAGAAUAUCACAGAAAUUUCGGUAACCCGCGAAGGAUCGUCGUAAAUAUUUAAAUGUGUAAUUUUGCGCGAUUGUAGUGUUCUGCAGUUUACAUACAAAAGGCAGAGAGGCAGAGUGAGAUCUUCUCAAAGAGUUCCUUUUUUUAGAAUACCAAAAGGAGAUCGCGCGAUAAGAUAUUUUCGGAGCCCGUAUUUCGCUGGCCUAUUCUUCAAACAAAUCGCGGAGAUGCGUAAGAUCGACGAAUUAGAUCGCAUUGGCAAACCCGUCCGCGGCCGACGUUGUCACUCGAAUGUCUGUGCGCUCGAACAGCGAAGAUUGGGAACGACACGAACGUGAAAAGAAGAAAAAGAAUGCACGGGAAGACUGUUGCUGCAGGAUACAGCGGAUUGUUCGCAGAGCCCCGUCAACGUCGAUCGCACACAAUUUGGCGAUCGAGGGAUUGCGAUAAAUUUCUUCGAAGGACACUUGUUCGUCGAUAAGACGCUAAGAGAAGGAGAGAAAUGCGGAAGUACCGUGAGAAGAUUGUAUCGCGAGGAGUGCAAAGCUGACUAGUUGUUGUUAAAAGAAACUGCAAGCCAAAGAUGAACAAUAGUCACUUGAGAAGUACAGUAUUUAUAACAGUAAGAAUAAGAUUUUUAAAAUAUCAGUCACACUAAUAUGUCACAAUACAUGAGUCGUACGGCGAAAGUAUAAUUUGUAUAUUGUUUUUAAUCGACGAAAGGCUUUAUUGGAGACACCAGCAGUCUACGAAACACGCCGGACUAAUUAUCGAAGCAAUGCGCGUGAAGUAUCGCAUAUUUUCUCGCUAACCAAAGAUGACUGCGAGAAAAUGGAGCAAGUGAGAUAGGUUUCUUUUCCGGAAAGGAAGAAACUAAAAAGGUGCAUUUGGCGCUUUUUAACGAGAUUGUCGGAAGAAUUCAUCGUUCCGAGGAUUCGUGCUGUAAAAGUGAGCUAGUGAACAGGAGAUUUCGGUGCUUUGUGUAAUUGUGUGAACAAUUCCAACCGGACGCGGUGGAAGACACAGAAGAGCGAACGAGGGAGGGACGCAGAGGAACGUCUCGGGUGCAUUAUUCUGGGGAAUCGUUACUUUCCGGCGCGGUUCGAUCCCUUCGUCCGGUAUCGUUCGAUACCAAGAUGCUGGACAUAUUCCGCAGUCUGAAGAGCCUUAUAAAGAUCUCGCACAUCCAUAUCGACAGCACUGUCUUCCGUAUGCAUUACAGCCUCACUGUCAUUAUACUAAUAGCAUUUUCUCUGAUUGUCACCACACGCCAGUAUGUCGGCAAUCCCAUUGAUUGCAUACACAGUAAAGACCUGCCCGAGGACGUCCUGAAUACGUACUGCUGGAUACACAGUACGUACACCAUCACCGCGGCGUACCGAAAGAGGGAAGGCUCAGAAGUGCCUUUCCUCGGCAUCGAUAAUUCCAGAGCGUAUCCCGACAGCGAAAAAAAGGAAUACAGAUACUACCAGUGGGUCUGUUUCAUGCUGUUUCUACAGGCGAUCUUCUUCUACACGCCGCGCUGGCUGUGGAAGGGCUGGGAGGGUGGCAAGAUUCAUGCCCUCAUGAUGGAUCUUGACAUCGGCCUCUGCUCCGAGGUGGAGAAGAAGCAAAAGAAGAAAAUGCUGCUCGACUACCUCUGGGAGAACCUAUGCUACCACAAUUGGUGGGCUUACAAGUACUACCUGUGCGAGGUCCUCGCGCUGCUGAACGUAAUCGGUCAGAUAUUUCUGAUGAACCGCUUUUUCGACGGCGCCUUUUUGACCUUCGGCAUCGACGUACUCAAAUUCUUGGAGUCCGAUCAGGAGGACCGAGUGGACCCGAUGAUUUACGUAUUUCCACGGAUGACUAAGUGCACGUUCUACAAGUUCGGCGUCAGCGGAGAAGUCGAGAGGCAUGACGCCGUCUGCAUAUUGCCUCUAAAUGUCGUGAACGAGAAGAUCUAUGUUUUCCUCUGGUUCUGGUUCCUCGUCCUCGGCGUGCUCACUUUCUUUACGAUUUUAUAUAGGAUCAUAAUAAUUUUUUCGCCGCGCACGAGGGUGUAUCUGUUGCGACUGAGAUUUCGUCUGGUGCGGAGGGACGCCGUGGAAACCAUAGUUCGUCGCAGCAAGGUUGGCGAUUGGUUCCUCCUUUACAUGCUGGGCGUGAAUUUGGAUACCGUGAUCUACAGAGACGUGAUGCACGAAUUGGCGAACAGACUCGCCACGAGGGCGGGAGUGAAGGGCGAGCUUCAAGAAGCCUGAUCGAGGUUGCCUCGGCGGGUCGGCACGUCGGUCGACUUGCCGCUGCCGCGGUCCUGCCCUCGCCCAUCUGCAUCGCACGGUCGUCGACGCGAUGCGUGCGAACGCCCGAGCCGGAGGAGCCUGAGGAGACGAGUCGACGGGCCAUCUUCCUCAAGGAUCCGCGGAUCCGGUCUCGCGAAGAGGCGCGUCUAUCCUCUCCACCGGCUGCUGCGCAUCGAGCUCGAAGCGAUGCGACAGCGAUAGCGCCGGAUGUCGGUGACGUGUCCACCCGUCGUCCACGGAAGAUAACGACAACUCGCGGUGAGAGACGAGAAAGGACAGCACGCGCUGGUCUCGGAAAUUGAAACCGAUGUAAUCUCGACGAGGUUAGAUCCCGAUUCUGCGGACGCCCGACAAUUAUCUUUGUACUUAAAGGACGUUGCUGAAUUUGCGAUUCUUCCACGAUAUAUCGUUGCACUCUGCUUCGUCGCGCUUUCAGGCGACUGCGCAGUCCCGCGAGCAGAAUUUCAAGCAGGAGGACGAAUACAUUGUUGAUGCACGGUUGAUUUAAGCAGAAAUCAGUCUCCUCGAAUUAAUUGGCGCAAUAAUAAUGUCACGCCGUAAUAAUAAGUUCUGUCUAAUCUAUAUCUGAAAAUGGAUGGACGUGCCGAGAAGAAUGUACUUAAACAGGUCGAUCGUUUUAAGCGUUAAUUGCCUUAUCGGAACGGAGACAGUGGAAAUUAUGUGUUUUGGACUCCGCGAAGCGUUUAGUUUUAUCGCAUCCGUUACGUGCGUUUAGGGCUAUGUUUUAAGAUUUAUGCGCAUUCCAAUGGUGUGAGCACGAAGAACUAAACCUGUCGAAAUUAUACCGGUUUCAAUUCCCUGGUUCAGUUCUUGGAGAAUGCGAAAGGAAAAGACGUACCGGCGUGUGUUCUGUUCGCGAAAGGAAAGGACCAAAACUAUUCCGCUGGCGUUUGCUGCACGGGACACGGGUGAUGCGUUAUCCUUAGAUAACGAACACUCAUUAAAAGACACUUCGGAAACGGCGGCGCGGGUCGUCGAACGGAUAUCAUCGAACGACCAUUUUAUGCCUUCGUACAGCUCCCGCGUCGCCAAAAGACAGGAAAAGAGAUAUCGAAAAUAUCGUCACAUGGGGUUAUUUUGCUCUCGUGUAACUUGCAGUACUGUAACAUCGAAUCGUAUUAAUGAAUUUAGAAGCACUAGCGAGCGAAACUGUCGAAUUUGUCGUAGAGAAUAAAAUAAAAAUUUAUAAAAUUAGAUCUUCAAGCACGAAUCUUCUCUUUUUCUUAUCACAAUGCAGAGAUAUGUGAAAAAAGAUAAAGUAAUCCCGUGUGUCGGUAUACUCAGGUCUUUGUAAGUUAGCUUUAGGCAGUAGAGCAUCCGAGAUCGCUAAAUGGAUGUUGCGUAUAAUUGUUUCGAACUGUUUUAACAUUUUAAUCGUGCCGUGCUUCGUAAGUAUAAGCGCUAGGCGUUGCGAAAACGUAUAUUCGGGCGAUAUCGAUCCAUUUGGACGAUCUCUUUUGAUGAAUAAUUUAGAUUUGUCUUUAGAGAAGAAUUCUUCUAUUCGCGCGUGCGAGAUCUCUCCUGCGUGCGAUUAACGCAAGAAUGUAGUCUAGUCAUUACAUUCUACGUAACAAUCGAUCGCGAAUUCAUCUGUUGAUAUGGACACACUGCCACCGAUCGAUACGAUCGAUUUUGCUGUAUCCGUCUUCGUUCUAUUGAAGAUAGCGUCAAAAAUAAAGAUACGUUAUCGUGAAACUUUAAGAGUUGUUAAUUUUGUGAUACUCAUUAACGAUUACGAAAUAAAUUGUCAUGUUAUUUUUCGUUCCCUGUUUAUGAUUUUUAUCGAUGAUAACUAAAUAAAUAU